AUGUAUCGAGCAGUAGGAUUUGGUACCCGAAACAGGAUUUGGUACCUGAAACCAUGGAUGAUCGCCUUUCUUGUUGUGUUAUUACUGACAGUAGUAGCAGUGGCCAUCGGUCUUCUGGCUCAUUUCUUAGUCUCUGACCAGAAAAUGGAGUAUUAUCACGGCACCUUUAAAAUUUCAGAUCUACAAAUCAAUAGUAAUUCUGGACAAAACAGCAUAUACCAACUUAAGGACUUACGGGAGAUGAGCGAAAAUAUGGUGGAUGAGAUAUUUAUAGAUUCCGCCUUGAACAAGCAUUAUAUCAAGAACCAAGUGGUCAGACUGACUCCAGAGGAAGAUGGUGUGAAAGCAGAUGUCAUUAUGGUGUUCCAGUUCUCCUCUGCUGAGCAAAGGGCAGUAAGAAAGAAGAAAAUCCAUAGCAUCUUAAACCAGAAUAUAAGGAAUACAAGAGCCUUGUCAAUAAAUGCCUCGUCAGUUCAAGUUAAUGCAAUGAGCUCAUCAACAGGGAAGCUAACUGUCGAAGCAUGUUGUGGUAAACGAGUUGUUCCAUUAAUAGUCAACAGAAUAAUGUCAGGAGAAAUUGCGGCCAAGGCUGCCUGGCCUUGGCAAGCUUCCCUUCAGCGUAAUAACGUACAUCAGUGUGGGGCCACCUUGAUUAGUAAUACGUGGCUCAUCACCGCAGCACACUGCUUUAAGAAUAAUGUAAAUCCACGUCAAUGGACUGUUAGCUUUGGAACAACAAUCAACCCUCCGUUAAUGAAAAGAAAUAUCAAAAGAAUCGUUGUCCAUGAGAAGUAUCACUCCCCAGAAAGAGAGUACGACAUUGCUGUUGUGCAGUUCUCUCCCAGAGUCACCUUUACUGAUGACAUUCGCCGGGUUUGUUUGCCAGAAGCCUCUGCAUCCUUCCAACCGAAUUCAACUGUCUAUAUCACAGGGUUUGGAGCACUUUUCUAUGGUGGGGAAUCCCAAAACAACCUUCGAGAAGCCAGACUGAAAAUCAUAAGUGAUGACGUGUGCAAGCAACCACAUGUGUAUGGCAGUGAUAUAAAAUUUGGAAUGUUUUGUGCUGGAUAUCUGGAAGGAAUUUAUGAUGCUUGCAGGGGUGAUUCUGGGGGACCUUUAGUUAUAAAGGAUCUUAAAGAUACCUGGUAUCUCAUUGGAAUUGUGAGCUGGGGAGAUAACUGUGGUCAAAAGAACAAACCUGGAGUCUACACAAAUGUGGCUUAUUACCGAAACUGGAUUGCUUCAAAAACGGGCCUCUGA